AUGGCUAGAAGAACCGUGGACUAUGGAUCACCUGUAGCAAAAUGGUGGUUUGAGAAGUGUAUUAGACGGUCUCGCACAGACAGUAUACUUUUGAGACCCCAAGAGAACUUUAUCAUCGAUCUUUUACCCCCAUCAGCUUACGGCGACAAUCCUGCAGACGCUUUGCCAACCAAGUACAUUCACACUUCCUCAAACAAGAUCAAGCACCCAAUCAAUGUCGUAAAAUGGACACCUGAGGGGCGGCGGUUGCUGACAGGGUCCAGCAGUGGAGAGUUUACUCUGUGGAAUGGAAUGGCUUUCAACUUUGAGACCAUCAUGCAGGCUCAUGACGCGGCAAUUCGCGUCGCUGAAUGGUCACAUAACGGAGACUGGCUUCUGUCUGGAGAUCAUGACGGGACUUUGAAGUAUUGGCAACCAAACAUGAACAAUCUCAAGGUGAUUCAAGGCCAUCGAGAAGCUAUCCGGGACUUAUCUUUUGCGCCUACUGAUAACAAAUUUGUCACUGCAUCGGACGAUGGUACAUUGAAGAUCUGGAACUUUAAUGAGGGUAUCGAAGAACGUGUUCUGACUGGUCAUGGUUGGGAUGUGAAGUGUGUUGAUUGGCACUCAACAAAGGGUCUUCUCGUUUCUGGAUCCAAAGAUAACCUGGUAAAGCUAUGGGAUCCCCGAACAGCUAAAUGUCUGACUACACUUCACGGACACAAGAAUACUGUCGCUCAAGCCAAAUUUCAGCCUACCCGAGGUGACCUCAUCGCAACGUGCUCCAGAGAUCAGACAUGUCGCAUCUUUGAUCUGCGAGCAAUGAAAGACCUCCGCAUUCUUCGCGGCCACGAAAAGGAUGUGACUUCGCUAACAUGGCAUCCUGUACAUGCUUCACUGAUUUCGACUGGUGGUUCAGACGGUGCUAUCAAUCACUAUCUCCUCGACGAAACGCCCUCCGGUAAAGUUGUCUCGGCUACAAAGCCUGAUCUUCCGGCAACCACGGCAGGCACCAUUGCUAAUCCUACAGCAUCGAUCCCGUUUGCGCACGAAUCUUCAGUUUGGUCGCUCCAGUAUCAUCCGCAAGGCCAUAUCCUUUGUUCCGGCUCCAAUGACAGAGCAACAAGAUUUUGGGCUCGACCAAGACCGGGCGACGAAAGUGGAUUUCAAGAUCGCUAUCAUGUUGGCGAAGAAGCGGCCGAGGCCAAUGGUUAUGGGCGCGCAAAGAAUAAUCGCCAAGAAGAGGAUGAUGAACAAGAUGGAUUGGUUGAUCAGGCUAUGCCUUUGCCUCAGCAGCAAAGUCAGUCGCGGAUAUCACAGCCUGGAGCACCUAUGCCUGCGAAUAUUGUUCCCGGUCUUGGUUCUAUUCCAUUACCGCCAUCCGCUGCAGGAUUACCGUUGCCACCACCUCCUCCGCCCGGGUUCCUUCCUCCCGGUUUUGCUGCGUCUCUUUCAUCUAUCAUGCCGAAUGGAAAUGGAAUGCAAGGCCAGCCCCCUGCUCAGAUCCCAGGAUUCGGAUUGCCUGGAGUUCGAGGUGCACCUUUGCCGUCUCAGCAGGACGCUUUGAGGGCGCAGAGCGGAUCUGGAAGUAGCUCAAGACGCUUCGAUCCAUACUCAAGGAACGAUAGACCAUAG